UACUCCCAACCCAGUACCAAGGAUGUUUGUGCGUGCCUGGCACCACUGCUGUUACAUCGCGGUCGUUGUCGUCGUCGUCAACGUCGUCGUUUUCGUUGUUAUUUCUAUUAUCGUCGUCAACGUUAUUCCUAUCGUUGAAUAAUUUCGUUGACGUGCAAAGAUAUCUAUCGAACGAUUCACAACACAAAAACAACAUUCUAACAAAAUCGAAAAUUUCUAUCUGCGAAAUGUCAAAUCAAAUAUGUCUAAAAUGGAACAGUUUUCUAAACAAUAUCGCCACGAGUUUCGAAAGUCUUUGGGAGGAAGAAGGUUUAGUAGAUGUGACAUUGGCAAGUGAUGGACAGUGUCUUACAGCUCAUAAAGUGAUUCUCUCAGCAAGUAGUCCUUUUUUCAAAAAAGUUUUUCAGACAAAUCCCUGUCAACAUCCAGUUAUAAUACUCCAAGAUGUACACUUCAGUGAACUAGAAGCUUUACUUAUAUUUAUAUACAAAGGAGAAGUAAAUAUUGAACAAAAAAAUUUGCCAGCACUUUUAAAAGCUGCAGAAACAUUACAAAUCCGUGGUCUUUCGGGAGGAGAUAUAUUUGCUAAAGAAUCUUAUAAAAGAUUAGUAGAAUUGGAACAGGCGGUAGAAGAAGGAACGGGUAGUAAAGAAGAAAAUCCAAAGAAAAAACAAAAAUUGAACAAACAUCAAAAUUCUAUAUUAGAAACAGCACUGACACCUAAAGUAUCUCAAAUAGAAAGCACAGAUGAAUCUACAACUAGUGAACAAGGUGGUAAAGAAGGAGAUUAUUUAUUACAAAAAAAUAUACAAAAUCCAAUCUAUCAACGUUUAGAAAUGAAGAUAGAACCAUUAGAAACUGUGUUAGAAGAUUCUCAAAAACAAUCUUCAACAGAUAAAGAUCCAGCAGAGAGAUUAGAUACUGGACAACUUGAAGGAAAUCAAGGGUCUGGGAACAGUCCUGCUGAAGAUAUUUCCGGUUUAUCUGGGUUAUCCGGCCUAACUGGAUUCUCGGACGUGAAGCCACUGCUAUACGCGUAUCAACAACUACCUUAUGCCGAUCUUCUGCCGAGUCCGGAGAUAAUCUCAACGUGGGCAUCCUCUCGACCGAUGGAUCAUUUGGCCUGUGACCUUAUGAAGAUUCUUUUUACUCCGGAGGAGAGGAUUCUUUGUAACGUAAAUGGCAAGAUGGGAAAGCAACAAUUCGAUAGUAACAAAAUACAUUUGAUAAGAGAAGUUCUGUUGCACUUUAGUGGUAUUGCACCCAAUAGCGUGGAAUGGGAGGAAACGUGGAAAAAUUGCGUAACUAAAAUCGAUACCAGCAAUAGGGGCUUGAAAAGGUUGGAAUUACUUGCAGGAUCAUCGAGGCCGAAUGUAACCGUAAUCGCCGAUGCACGAGAGGCCUCGACCCCUUCGCCCGAGCCGGAAACGCAUGCGAGAUUUCCAAUUGGCCUUGAUCGAACACCACCUUGGAAUACGUAUCGACACAACGACGAGCUUUACUCGCCGAAUCAUUCGAAUUCGGAAUCGAUGCCCGAUCAACAGGAAUCCAUGAACAUACUCGUGGAACGGAAUGCGAGAGUUCUCCGUUCUGUCUUUCCCACUUGUCCGGGGGCAGCUAACAAUUCGGAAUUCUCGGAGGAGACAGUGAAGGGUGCCACGGCGUAUCCACCAUUUCCGUGUCCGUUUUGCGACAGGGCGUACACGAGUUGGGGUUUUCGACGAAGGCACAUCAAAGCCGUCCACACGAUUUCACCAUCUCUAAACUGUAAAUGGUGUUUACAGGUUCUUCCUACGCAUGCGGCUUGGAGAAGUCACGUAAUAUUAGCGCACAAUCUGUCCGCAAGCGACGCGCAUAAUGGUCUCCUGAUUUUGGAGGAGGCGCACAUGGUUUUACAAAUUGCACGCCCUACCAGGUUGGACACUUUAGUUAAUAUAAUUAAACAGAAUUCUCAACAGAACAACAAUCAAGACAAUUCACAAUCGGAGAAAAAUUGAAUCGUCGUUGAUUAUGAUACGCGCGGAUUCGUAAUCGAAAUUUUGUUGUCGAUGGAGACUUUUACGAGAAUUAGGAAAAUUAGGAAAAAUUUAUAUAUAUAUAUUAUAUAUUCAUUCCCAAUUAGAAUAUUCUCAUUCUCAGAGAAUGGUUGAAAAUAUUUUUAUACGAAUAAUCGUCUUGAUCGGCGAUAAUUUUUUCUUUUGUAAUAUUAUUUUUUAUACAUGUAUAUUCUGAUUGUAUAUAUAUCGCUUUUAUAGUCAGUUAUUUGAUGGCCAGUAUCACGCUCGUAGCGUAAUGUAUUUUUAUUGCUGUAUCCAUUUGGAUUUUUGUAAAAAGAAAUAAAUAGAUAUUUAACAUGU